AUGGACUAUGUCACCCGCGGCGUCUGCGGCCAAGAGGGAUGCCGUGAACGACGAUAUUAUCUUGAUAACGGCCUUUGGUUCUGUCGGCGAGGUCACCUGCAGGAGGGUCGACAAGUCGAAGAGGACCCAGAUGAUUUCGGGACUCAAGGUCAAAGGCACCGGGUGAGGAAGGAGAAGGAGGAGAGGUCUCGAAGAACCUAUCGCGGUCGGCAGGCUGCGACUUUAUUCCUGCAGACACAUCAGUUGAUUCUGUGGAAGCAGUGCUAUGCGCUAGUGCACGAUCAUGGAUUCCCAGAGCAAUUCGAAGCCCUUGUUCGUGAUCUCUGGGCUUUGCGGCUUCAGGGCUUCUCGCUGCGGAUCAACGAGUCCGCAGAAGACGAAGAUGAUGAGAGCGAGCGCGAAGUUUUCAGCUCUCAAGCCGCUGACACCGACGAUUCCGACGAUCUGGGAUUCAAAGUAGGACAGAGGUAUCUUCAAUGGCCUCGUCUGCUUGAUUCCGUCGCUCUCUGCUACCUGGCGGCCCUGUUGAUGCGACUUCCGGUUUGUGUCAGCGACUUUUAUCACCUGAUUAUACGUCAGGAUAUUCCUUAUAUCCGAGCUGUCAGAAGUGUACCUCGAGACAUGCGAGAUAAACUUCCUCCAGAAUUUAUCGCAAUCCUCGAUAUCGUCCAUCUUCCCAAGCCGGAACAAAUCCAUUCUGGAUGUUUGGACUUGGUGAUGUACUAUCAACGCCGCUUUGGAAUUGCGCUUCCUCCCUUGAACUCGCCUCUUCUACUUUAUCGGCACAUUAAGAGGCUGGCCAUUCCAAUUGAUGUAUACGACACAGUCAAGACGCUCCAAAAGCUCGUUGAUUUUGAAUUCGAGUACCCGAGCGCGCUUGAAAGUAACAGACGAAGGGAAUCACUCAAACUGCCAGAAGUGCGGCUGGUGGUGCUCCUUGUCAUUUCCACUAAGCUAAUUUUCCCAUUCGACGACCUGAACCGGUAUGCCGUCUCCUAUAGAGAGCCUGCCACUCAGACCAUGGAUUGGUCCAAAUGGGCAGAAGGCCAGAAAUGGUUUGAAAACCUCUCUCUGGCACAAGAUCAUAAGCUGGACAAAGAGACGCUCAUUCAAUUGAACGAUCACGAUGUCUUCCAGAUGGACCCGGAUCAGCUGGACCAGUAUAUGGAUUGGUACGAGAGCAGCUGGUUGGAUAGCUACAGGGGAAAGAAUCCCGUCGCCGAUCUUUUCUCGACCAGUCGGCCAGGGCCACAAACACAGCCAGGGGGAGAGACUGCCGACCCCAGUGUAGCUCUCCAGAGGGUGCUCAGAUCUGUCAUGGUUGCACUUGGGCCUGCACCAGUCAACCCGAGCGAAGAUGCAGAUCACAUGCGGCCGGGAUCCUGGUACCGCCGGUAUAGAUGGGAAUCUCAGCUUCCUGAAACGGCUCGCAGGUUCUACGAAAUUGCGGCGGACUUGGCAGCUAUCUCGCUGCCGACGCUUGUACGAGCUGUGUCGGUGACUGAAUGGAGGAUUUCAAAGUGGCUAGAAGAUCAGCGACGCGAGGCGUAUAUGGAGAAAUGGGGGGUGGCGGAGAUGGAUGAUGACAUUGGCGCUGAAAUGGAUGAGCUAGACGAGGAAAUGUACGAAAUGAGGGUGGAAGAGGGGUUAUGA